UGCCAAUGAGCUUAACCGUCAAUUUAUCCGUCGCUUCGAAAGCUUCGGUGCAGGACACGCAUGGAUGAGAGAAACACGGCGCUGGCCAUGAUGGGGAUGGGGCCGCGUGCCCGGUCCCAUAUUGUGGGCGUAUCUUUGCUCUGCAGCUUGGAUGCACUCUCGGUAGCAGGGUAUAAACAUUUGGCUGCUCCUCCCUCCGCGUUUACUGUCCUUCUGCUGUCAAUCCGUUUCCAUUCCAUCCUCCUCCUCACGGGCAUAAGGACAUCAACACCAUGGCCCCAGUUGGUGGUUCCGCUGCUGAUUUCGAGCAGGCGGCCUUGGCCCGCCGUAAGGCUCUCUCUGGCGCCUCCGGGCCGCUGGCUUUGCUGAAGAACCUGAGGGUGUUUGGCAUUGCCUGCUUUGCCUGCUUGGGAGGUCUGCUCUAUGGCUACAACCAGGGUGUUUUCAGCGGUGUCCUGACCAUGACUGCCUUCAAGCAGCAUAUGGGAGACUACAUCGAACCCAAUGCCGACCCCUCCAAGUUGGAAUGGAAUGCCUCGAAACAGGGCUGGCUCGUCGCCAUUCUCGAACUCGGUGCCUGGUUUGGCUGCAUGUACUCGGGAUUCCUCGCUGAGAUUCUGUCCCGAAAGUUCGCCAUCUUGGUCAACGUUGCCAUCUUCAUCAUUGGUGUCAUUGUCCAGUGCACCGCCGGCGUCGGCAAUGGGCACAACGCCAUCCUCGGCGGCCGAUUCGUCACUGGUAUGGGUGUCGGUUCGCUUUCCAUGAUCGUGCCCAUGUACAAUGCCGAAAUCGCCCCUCCUGAAGUUCGUGGUGCCCUGGUGGGUCUGCAGCAGCUCUCCAUCACUCUGGGUAUCAUGAUCAGUUUCUGGAUUGACUAUGGCACUAACUUCAUCGGCGGCACCGGCCUUGGCCAAAGUGACACCGCCUGGCUCCUCCCCCUCGCCCUGCAACUUGCUCCCGCUGUCCUCCUGGGCGUCGGCAUGCUCUUCAUGCCCUUCUCGCCCCGUUGGCUCGUCCACCACAACCGCGAACCCGAAGCCCGCCGCGUGCUCGCCCGGCUGCGCGGCCUGUCCCAGGACCACGAACUCAUCGAGCUGGAAUUCGCCGAGAUCAAGGCCCAGUCGCUCUUCGAGAAGAAGACGCUCGCCGAGAACUUCCCCCACCUCCAGGACCUGAGCGUCGGAAGCGUCGCGAAGCUCCAGUUUGUCGCCAUUGGCAGCUUGUUCAAGACAAAGGCCAUGUUCAAGCGCGUCAUCAUCGCCACCGUCACCAUGUUCUUCCAGCAGUGGACCGGUAUCAACGCCGUGCUGUACUAUGCCCCGACCAUCUUCAAGAACCUGGGUCUGGAUUCGAAUGCCGUCAGCUUGCUGGCCACCGGUGUCGUCGGCAUCGUCAUGUUCAUCGCUACCUUCCCGGCCGUCAUGUGGGUCGAUAAAUGGGGUCGCAAGCCUACCCUCGUCAUCGGCGCCAUUGGCAUGGCCCUCUGCCAUUUCAUCAUCGCCGUCAUCACCGCCAAGAACCAGGACGACUGGACGCACCACCGCGCCGCGGGCUGGGCCGCCGUCGUCAUGGUCUGGCUCUUCGUCAUCCACUUUGGCUACUCGUGGGGCCCCUGUGCCUGGAUCGUCAUCGCCGAGGUGUGGCCCCUGUCCAACCGCCCGUACGGCAUCGCGCUGGGCGCCUCGUCCAACUGGAUGAACAACUUCAUCGUCGGCCAGGUCACGCCCGAUAUGCUGGAGCAUAUGACGUACGGCACGUACAUCUUCUUCGGCUUGCUGACGUUCCUGGGUGCGCUGUUCAUCUUCUUCGUGUUCCCUGAGACGAAGGGUUUGUCGCUGGAGGAGAUGGACAUCCUGUUCGGAUCGGUGGGUGUUGCGGAGAGGGAGAAGGAGAGGUGGGCUGAGGUGCAUGCCGAGGUGGGAUUGGAUGAUAUCCUUGCCAGGGCCGGUCUCAGUCCCCAGGGAAGCGAUGCUCACGUUGGUGCAGCGCAGGGGGAGAAGGAGGCUGAGAAGACGGUGGUGGCGGAGGAGCAGAAGGAGAGUGUGUCUGCUGCCUGAUUGUAAGAGAGCAUGUCCCUACGCAGGUGAAUGAUCCUGGACGCUGCAGGGUCGAAGGGGGAAAUAGGUGACUAGGGGAGGAGGUGGAGGAGUCUUGUAUAUUGCUGGCGGUGGAGUUG